AGCACUGACUAGCAGUAAAGUAAAGUAACAGUAACGUAACUUAUGGAGGGAGAUAAGGGGGUACAGCAAAUGGAAAACUUUGUUUUUAUAGGAGUUGCAAAAAGUCUUCUCUGAAGAAUCACGUCGACUCUGUUUUAUAUCAAAAGGAAGUCACAUCACAGUUCAAAAUUGAUCUAAUAUUAAUAAAAGGUAAAAAUGGUAAAAGAAAAAGCAAAAAGUACUCUUAAAGUACCACCAAAAAAAACUAAAGCAUCUACUGCCACAAAGAAAAAAUCAUUAAAAGAAACAAAGAGUAAGAAAUGUGUAAGAAAAUGUGCAUCUGAAAACAAUAGUUUAGAUGCAAAUCAGAAGAAAGGUGUGGAGAAAAAAUCUCCAAAAAUUGAACUAUCAAUUGAGAAAAAAGUUAAUGUGAAAGUGAAGACGAAUAAAGACAACCCAACAAAAACUAAAAAUACAACAAAAGAUACACCCACACCUAAAAAAAGUUGUGUUAAAAAGCCUGUAAAGCGUAAGCAUACAGGUGAAGCUGCAGCAACGUCUAAAUCAACACCAAUCAGUAACCAACACUCAGUUGAAGAUACACCCACACCUAAAAAAAGUUGUGUUAAAAAGCCUGUAAAGCGUAAGCAUACAGGUGAAGCUGCAGCAACGUCUAAAUCAACACCAAUCAGUAACCAACACUCAGUUGAAGAAAUUGAGAACGUGCCUAAGAAAAGGAAAUAUACAAAAAAAGCUGAGAAGUCUGCUCAGCAAGAAAAGACAGUUGAAACUCCGCAGCUGGUAGGGUCUCCAGACACUAUCUCAAAACAAGCUGCAGGUGUGCCUAAAAAGAGAAAACACACCAAAAAAGCUGUGAAGUCAAUUCAACAAGAAGCCGUAGCUAACACUCCAGAGGUGACAGUGUCUGCUAACACAACUUCACAAGCUGCAGAAAUUACAGAAACACCUAAAAAAGGAAAAUACACCAAAAAGAAUUUGAAGUCAAUUCAGCAAGAAGAAGUAGCUAAAACUCCAGAAGUGACAGUGGCUGAAAAAACUACUUCAAAAGCUGCAGGAAGCAAAAACAAAUCAUCGAAGAACACACAAACACAAGCAACCAACAAAAAGAAAAAAGUUACACAGCCACCUGUAAAAAAAAUUCAAUCCGUCAAAAGUACAACUAACAGAAAACAACCAUCAAAAUCAGACAAGAGCAAAAAAAAGCCUGCAACAAAAACUGCAGCUUCCAAAAAGAAUCCUGUCAAAAUAAGAGUACGUGUAAGAAAGAAUAAAUCAGCUCCAGAGGUUGUUGUUUCUACUCCACCUCCAAUACAGGAAUUGAAAUCCAUGAAGAGAGACGCUGAGCUUGAGUCUUCAGAUGACUCUGAGGAGGUUGAAAAUGACGAUGACAGUCUUGCCAUGGAAUCACAGAGUUCUUUAGGAACUCAGUCCAAAGUUGUGCAAGAUGUCGAAGCCGAAGACGGACAGAACAGUCUACAUUCGGACAGAAACUCAGAAAGUGGCACCUGCGACAAAACCUCUGACUGCUCUUCGCCAGCACCAUUUCCUACAUGGGAAGAGCGACUCAUAGUAGAAGAAUAUGAAGAAUAUGAUGACUACGAUUUCUUAAUAUCUCAUUCACGCUUGUUGAAAUAUCAAGAAAAUGCAGAAAAUGUUCAAGAAGCAAAUAUAGACACUGAAGAGACACACAGUGGCAGUAAAAAUUCUGAAGACAUUAGAGACAAAGUGCCUGACACAACGGCAGCAGUUCCAUCAUCUGAUAUGUUGACAAGAGGCAAUGAAACUACUUGUGACGAUGAAGAAAAUAUGGACACUGAAGAGACACGCAGUGACAGUGGAAAUUCUGAAGACAUUAGAGACAAAGUGCCUGACACAACAGCAGCUCCAACAUCUGAUAUGUUGACAAGAGGCAAUGAAACUACUUGUGACGAUGAAGCAAAUAUGGACACUGAAGAGACACCCAGUGACAGUGAAAAUUCUGAAGAUAUUAGAGACAAAGUGCCUGACACAACGGCAACAGUUCCAUCAUCUGAUAUGUUGGCAAGAGGCAAUGAAACUACUUGUGAUGAUGAAGCAAAUAUGGACACUGAAGAGACAUGCAGUGACAGUGAAAAUUCUGAAGACAUUAGAGACAAAGUGCCUGACACAACGGCAGCAGUUCCAUCAUCUGAUAUGUUGACAAGAGGCAAUGAAACUACUUGUGACGAUGAUAUUAGAGAAAAAGUGCCUGCCACAAAAGCAGCAGUUCCAUCAUCUGAUAAGUUGACAAAAGGCAAUAAAACUACUUGUGAAGAUGAUAUUAGAGAAAAAGUGCCUGCCACAAAAGCAGCAGUUCCAUCAUCUGAUAAGUUGACAAGAAGCAAUAAAACUACUUGUGAAGAUGAUAUUAGAGAAAAAGUACCUACCACAAAAGCAGCAGUUCCACCAUCUGUUAAGUUGACAAGAGUGAAUAAAACUACUUGUGAAGGUGACAUUAGAGAAAAAGUGCCUGCCACAAAAGCAGCAGUUCCAUCAUCUGAUAUUAAAGGAAAAACUCCUACCACAAAAGCAGCAGUUCCAUCAUCUGAUAAGUUGACAAGAGGCACCAAAACUACUUGUGACAAUGAUAUUAAAGAAAAAGCUCCUAUCACAAAAGCAGCAGUUCCAUCAUCUGAUAAGUUGACAAAAGGCAAUAAAACUACUUGUGAAGAUGACAUUAGAGAAAAAGGGUCUUUUACAAAAACAGCAGUUCCAUCAUCUGAUAAGUUGGCAAGAGGCAAUAAACCUACUUGUAACGAUGAUAUUAGAGAAAAAGUGCCUACCACAAAAGCAGCAGUUCCAUCAUCUAAUAAGUUGACAAGAGUGAAUAAAACUACUUGUGACGAUGAUAUUAAAGGAAAAACUCCUACCACAAAAGCAGCAGUUCCAUCAUCUGAUAAAUUGACAAGAGGCACUAAAACUACUUGUGACAAUGAUAUUAGAGAAAAAGUGCCUACCACAAAAGCAGCAGUUCCAUCAUCUGAUAAGUUGAAAAGAGGCACUAAAACUACUUGUGACGAUGAUAUUAGAGAAAAAGUGCCUACCACAAAAGCAGCAGUUCAAUCAUCUGAUAAGUUGACAAGAGGCACUAAAAAUCCAUGUGACGAUGAUAUUAGAGAAAAAGUGCCUGCCACAAAAGCAGCAGUUCCAUCAUCUGAUAAGUUGACAAGAGUGAAUAAAACUACUUGUGACGAUGAUGUUAGAGAAAAAGGGCCUACCACAAAAGCAGCAGUUCCAUCGUCUGAUAAGUUGAAAAGAAGCAAUAAAACUACUUGUGACAGUGAUAUUAGAGAGAAAGGGCCUACCACAAAAGCAACAGUUACGUCAUCUGAUAAGUUGGCAAGAGGCAAUAAAAGUACUUGUGACGAUGAUAUUAGAGAAAAAGUGCCUGCCACAAAAUCAGCAGUUCCACCAUCUGUUAUGUUGACAAGAGUGAAUAAAACUACUUGUGAAGAUGAUAUUAGAGAAAAAGCAUCUACUACAAAAGCAGCAGUUCCAUCAUCUGAUAAGUUGACAAGAGGCAAUAAAAGUACUUGUGACGAUGAUAUUAGAAUAAAAGUUCCUACUACAAAAGCAGCAGUUCAAUCAUCUGAUAAUUUGGCAAGAGGCACUAAAACUCCAUGUGACGAUGAUAUUAGAGAAAAAGCGCCUACCAAAAAAGCAGCAGUUCCAUCACCUGAUGUGUUGACAAGGGGCAGUAAAACUACUUGUGUCGAUGAUAUUAGAGAAAAAGCGCCUACUACAAAAGCAGCAGUUCCAUCACCUGAUGUGUUGACAAGGGGCAGUAAAACUACUUGUGUCGAUGAUAUUAGAAUAAACGUUCCUACUACAAAAGCAGCAGUUCAAUCAUCUGAUAAGUUGACAAGAGGCACUAAAACUCCAUGUGACGAUGAUAUUAGAGAAAAAGCACCUACUACAAAAGCAGCAGUUCCAUCACCUGAUGUGUUGACAAGGGGCAGUAAAACUACUUGUGUCGAUGAUCAAACUGAGAGAGCUAGGAAACGUUCUCACACAGACGAAACCCCUGUCAAGAGUUCUAUUCCUCCACAAGCAAAGAAGUUAAAAAGGGAUUCGCGUGAGAAGAAGAUAGACAGUCCAGGUAGGGAUCAAUCGCCAGUAACAUCAACCUCUUCUGAAACUUCUCUGAAGAACAUCAGUUGGUGUCCGUUGAUACAAGAGUGCUUGACAAGGCCAGUUAAAGUAUUACUCUCGAAGUUGGACAUAAAUGAACAAAAAAGACUCAGAAGAGUAGAUGAUAGAGAGUCAGAUACAGACUCAAACAGCGAAAGGAAAGUUUCUCAAGGAAAAGCUAAAUCAAGUAAAGAGACUUGUGAGAAAGAUCAAACAAAUAACUCUACGAGUAUAGCUGCAUUAUCAAACAGUCCAAGAAGUAAUGAAGCAGGACUGGAAAAAAACAGCAAGGAAUGUCGAUCCCAAAGUUUGUACAAGGAAUCACUUAAUCAAUCAAGACCGUGGUUGUGUGAUUGGCAAAUAGGAUCUAAAUUGGAUGGAAGUAAAGAUGUCACUAACUCUAAGUUUGAAAUUACUGAUUGGAUUAACUUGUUUAAAGAUGAAAUUCAAAAAAAUGAAACUUUAAUACAUCAAGAAAAUACUAUUCAAGAAACACCUGAUAAAACACAUUUAAUUGGCGCAGCAAAAUUUCUCAGUGAAUUUUUUCAAGAUAACAUGAAAAAUAAGAGUACCGUGGAAGAAAAAGAAAUUCAUGACAUUAUUAAAGAAUUAAUGCCUUUAUAUGAACAAUUACAUGAACAAGAUAAAAUAUGGAACAGAACAAAUAUGGAUUCUAAAAUGCUGGAUUAUUUAUUUUUAUUGAGAGAACAACGUACUGUUGGAGAAAAAGCUGGAGACAAUUACCGACAUGUAAUUGAUUCUGAUUCACCAAAUUACAAUGCUUUGUCUUCAGAGGCUGAGAGUAUUACAUCUGAGAAAGAUUUGGGCAACUGCACUGUAAGGUUAGAAUAUAUCAAUCCAGUGAUACCUGUAAAACGUAGAUCAGAGGAACAGACUCGCACAACGUCUACAGGUACAACCCCAAGUACGGCAUCUACACCGUGUAAGUCAUCAAAACCAAGACCAAAACUGAGGAAAGAUGCUCUGAAACAGAAACGCUUAAUUAAAAGACCUGUAGCAUCAAAUAAUGUUAGUGUUGAUGUUAACCGAAAAAUACAGUGUGAAAAUAAUUAUUUAAAAUUAAAGUUAAGCGUUCCUAAUGAAGUCUAUUCUACUGGAUCAAGCACACUAAACAAUCAGUCUCUAAAAAAAACCAAAAAUUAUUGAAAAAGAAACUGAUAA